GGCCCAAGAUAUCCCCCGGGGCAUGUUAUGAGUCAGCAGCAUCCCCCUGGGCCCGCCCCUGGAGGCCGCAAUCACCGCCAUUUAACCCCCCAAAAGCGGGAGAGAGGCGGGCACCCCGCCGGCGCCGACGUCUAACGCCCACAGCUCUUUGGGCCGGUGGGCGCCCAGGGCAGAGAGCUUUCGCCCAGAGGACGCUGCAGUCUUCAGGAACCUGUGCAUCUUGCGCGUUGCGCCUGCGCUCUGGCUGUCUCGAAUUCACAAAAGUGGUAGCAUUUCAGGCCCGGGUUUUGCUACCAGCUUCUAAGACGCGUGAUCUACCUCCUCUGACCUAACUAAACUCCUCCUCAGAGUGCCCACAGCGCAUUAUCUCUUCUAGGCCUUGGAAAGUGGCACCUUCUGUUUUGUAUGUCUAUUCACCCCAAGUAAGAGCUCUCAGAAGGUACCAGCUGUCUGGGCAGUGCCUGAGCUGCAGAAACUGGGACCAGCCCCCAAAAGACCACUGACCUGACCCACCCCAGUGGCCUUCUCUGUAUCAGCAGCUUCUGCUGCUGCGUCAGACACUUUCAGCUCCACUCCCUGCAAGGUGGGGCACCCACCUCAGGCAGAAGGUUUUGGUGCACCCUACUGACCCUACUCCCCAGGGCUGCGGCUGCCUGUAGCCUCAGGAUGAAAGGGGAGACCCCUGUGAACAGCACUAUGAGUAUUGGGCAAGCCCGCAAGAUGGUGGAACAGCUUAAGAUUGAGGCCAGCUUGUGUCGGAUAAAGGUGUCCAAGGCAGCAGCAGAUUUGAUGUCUUACUGUGAUGCCCACGCCUGUGAGGAUCCCCUCAUCACCCCUGUGCCCACUUCGGAGAACCCCUUCCGGGAGAAGAAGUUCUUCUGUGCUCUCCUCUGAGCUGCUCAGUCCCUCGCACAGCCCCUCACCUUUCCCUCUCCUGAGUCCUUCCUUAGGUCAGUAACUGUCCUCAGUCCCUGAGGGUCCCUUGCAUCCUCUUCCUGGCUUUUGCCCAAACCUGUGAGGUUAUCUGAAGCACAAGGCCCUCCCUCACCUAUCUGUGGACCCCAUUUCCACACCCACCGGGGCACCCUCUGCCCCACCCACAGAAGGGCCAUCAGACUCUGCCAGCGCCCUGCCCGAUUCCCUCUGUGACCCGCUCAGACAAAUGGAGAGAGGGGUGAGCCGGGUGCUUGCUCCCAG